AUGGCGGAACACACGUACCGUCGUCGUCUUUGCGCGUGUGAGGAGAGGCGUCAACAGUCAGAGCGAGAGCGUGCGGAUCGUCUGUGCCGCUUGUGGGGAGAGGAAGUACCGUAUGCGGCGCAGGCAGAGGACCGCGCCAACUGGGUCGGCGGCACGCUCUUCUACACGUGGCUUGGCGACUUCAUGCACCGAGCCGCCCAUGAAGCACUCACACUGGACGGGCUGCCACGACCCACCCACCUCCUUCGGUCCUACAACUCCGGGACAGCUCUUUCCCGCGCCCUGCAGCAGCAGCGGACGGUCGAGCACGCCUGGGACACGUUGGUCGACACCGCACUGGUGCGGUACACCGGAAAGGGCAGAGCGGCGCAGAACGGCGUGGUGCGGCGGGCGUGGCGAAUGGUGGUCCGUCUCCUGGGCUGGGGCUUGAGCGGAGGCGCUAUCGAGCUGCUGCCCUCGGGUCUGCGUCCUGGUGCGGUGGGUGUGCUGCGGUGGUGCGGCCCGGCACAGCAGCUGGGCACCAACGGCCAGCGUUACGCCGGUGUAGAGUGGUACGACAGCGUCGUUGCGGCGGCGCAGUCAUCUCUCCCGCACAGAGGCAGAAACAGUAGCCAUAAAACCCGCAGCGCAUGGACUGCCGGCACGGUCGGCGGGGAGCACCUCUUUCGCACCAGUGACGGUCGCGCUACGGCGACGUGCGAGUGCGUGGAGGACGUCGAGAUCAUUGCUUCGCCGUGUGCACGGAGCGGGGGAGAACGGAACAGCGCGUUGCCGCAGCUGGCGCGCAUGCAGCCUCGCGGGAUGUCCGCCUCGCGCGCCUUCUUCACUGCUUUCUGGAAACCUUUUCUGCUGCUGCUGCCUUUGCGGAUCGGUCGCGACUUCGCCACGCUGCUCUCCCCGCUCGUCCUCCGGCUUUUUAUUCAGUACAUUGAGAAGUUCAGCUCCGGCGAGGGAGACAACGCUGCGAAGGCCUCAGGGAAGCCCGUCGGUGAUACUCCGCUGCCCUCGUGGGGGGCCGGCAUGGGUCUUGUGCUGCUCAUGUUUGCUUUCGCCCUGGGCGAGAGCUUGGUGAACAACAAGUACUACCAGAUGUGCGGUCGCACCGGUGCCUCCGGCAAGUGCACGUUGGCCGCCGUCAUCUUUGAGAAGGCCAUGACCAUCUCGAGCAAGGCCACGGCGCUGCCGACGAUGAACCCCGGGAGGCUGGUGAACAUGGUCAGCAACGACGCGCAGAGUGCGAAUGACUUCGUGUACUGGAUUUGGGCCCUUGUCGGGGCUCCGCUGCAGCUCAUCGGUGGUGUUGCAUUGCUGUACAGCUUGGUCGGGUGGUCCGCCUUUGUGGGGGUGCUGGGACUCCUGCUGUCGCUACCGCUGCAGAACCGCCUGACGCAGCAAAUGUACGCCGCCUUCAAGGAAAAGGCGGCGGUGACGGACGCACGGCUGAAGGCGACGAACGAGUUCCUCUCCGGCAUUCGGGUGGUGAAGUUCAUGUCGUGGGAGCCCUCCUUCAUUGUGAAGAUUGAGGCUCUGCGGGCACAGGAGAUUGCGAAGAUACGGCGGACACAGAUGCUGGCCAUUCUCAUUUCGUUUCUGAAUGCGGCCGCACCGAACCUUGUCAUUGCCACCGUGUUUGUGAUGUACACCCUCGGUGGCCACGCCCUGACGGUGGCCACCGUCUUCCCCGUCAUUGCGCUCCUUGGUGUACUGGAGUCCCCAUUUGUGCAGGUUCCGUACAUGGUGGCAAGCCUCUCCCGCUUCAUCGUGUCCAUGCGUCGCAUCACCCGCUUUCUGGAGUGCGACGACAGCACCAGCGCGGUGAUGGACAUGGUACAGCUCAUGGAGGAGGAGGAGCAAGAAUGCCAGGUGGAAUGGGCCGCGGACGACGAGGCACGCAACGCGUACCGCAAGCUCUACGCAGCGCGGUUUCAGCUCGCCACUCUCUCCGCGUUUGUGCCGGUUCGCCUGCCCAGCGCCGCUGAUGUCCAAAAUGGCCCUGCAACGGCUGAGAUGUCGACCAACUCCGCCGAAGAUGAUCUCAAAACAAAGGCGGAACGGGAUGACUCGGCAGAGUCGCCGACUGGCGAAGCGUUAUACGAGCUGCGCGUCAAGACGCUGCUGGAGGACGUGGACCUGCGCAUCCCGCGCGGCAAGCUGACUGUUGUGCUGGGGCCGACGGGGUGCGGCAAGUCGACGCUGCUGGACUCGCUGAUCGGCGCGCUCGCGGUGACGCGUGGCCGCGUUGCGUGCAGCCGCUGCGUCGCCUACGUGCCGCAGCAGCCGUGGAUCAUGAGCGCGACGCUGCGCGACAACGUUGUGUUCUUCGGCGCUGCGGACGACGCUGCGUUCGAGCGCGCGGUGGCGAGCAGCCAGCUUGCGGCGGACCUUGCGCUGCUCGCUGCUGGCGCUGCGACGGAGAUCGGCGAGAAGGGCAUCAACCUGAGCGGCGGGCAGAAGGCGCGCGUGAGCCUGGCGCGUGCUGUGUACGCGGACCGCGACGUGUACGUGCUGGACGACCCGCUGUCCGCGCUGGACGCGCACGUUGGCGAGCGUGUGAUGCGCGAGUGCGUGUGCGGCGCGCUGGCGCACAAGACGCGCGUGCUUGCGACGCACCAGGUGAGCGCCGCUGCGUACGCGGACUACGUGGUGGUGCUGUCGGCGGGCGGCCCCGUCGCCUUCCAGGGGGAUGCCGCGGCGUACAGCGUGUACUGCGACCUACAGAUAGACUUGCCAGCAAUGGAGAACGCACUCAAAUCGAAGGAAGAUGCAAAGGCAGCUGCUGUCGAGAUGCACACAGCAAUAGCUGAUGGUGCGAGCGAUGACAGAAUCAGCGAGGAUUUUGUAAGCGUUCAAAGAGAAGCGGAACGUGCCGAUCGACACACGGGAACGGCGGCGGAGGCGGAUGUGUCGUCAACCGGCGCACUGAUUACGGCAGAAGAGAUGGCGGAAGGCUCCGUACCGCUUUCCAUCUACCGGCGCUACGCCAUCGCCUGCGGUGGGGUCGCGUCGUGGAUGGGCAUCUUCGGCCUGCACGCCGCUACCGAAGUGGGCAUGGUCUUGCCCUCCCUGUGGCUCUCCCUCUGGGCCAGUGGAGCCGUUGGGUGGUCAGAGACGACGAAUCUGAAGGUCUACCUGGCCUGUACGGCGGUUGCCAUUAUCGGACACCCGCUCCGCCGUUACUGCACCUAUCGAGUGCUGCGUGUGGGCUGUGCCACGCUGCACUCUAGCGUUCUGCGCUCCGUCAGCUCUGGGACGAUGGCCUUCUUCGAUACGACCCCGCACGGUCGCCUUUUAAAUCGCUUCUCGCAGGACCUAAGUCGAAUCGAUGACGACCUGGAGGUCAACGUGAUCUACUUCUUAAAUCGCAGCUGCACCGUGCUGUCCUCGCUUCUCGUGAUGGUGUACACGCAGUGGCAGGUGCUUCUCCCUCUUGUCAUGUGCAGCUAUCUGUAUUACAGGCUCAUGGUGUUCUACACCGCGGCCAACCGAAGCAUUCGUCGGCAUGAAAACAUCGCCAACUCGCCCGUCCUAUCGACCCUCGGCAGCAUCUUGAGCGGACGAUGGACGAUUCACGCCUACGGUGUCGGCCACCCGCUCCUGCAAUCGGGUUUACAGCGCUUGGACCACCUCUUCUCGUGCAUUUACAUGCGCAACACCGGCCAGCACUGGCUCGCCGUCCGUGUAGAACUGCUCAGCAACGUCGUUAUUACCGCCGUGGCCUUCAUCGCUGUCGUGACGGUGAAUCAGAGUGGUGGCACUGUCCCGCAGACGCGCAUUGGACUUUUAUCGCUCAGCAUGACGAUGGCGAUGAAGGUAAGCCUCCUGCUGAACGACACAAUCAAUCUGGCUGCCCAGGCGGAGGCUGACAUGAGCAGCGUCGAACGCGUUCUCCACUACAUCGACAACAUCGACCUCGAGAGCACGCAGAGGGACAUUGCGGCCGCCGUGGACGCACACGCCGCGCAGAUCCGCCGCCUCAUGGACCGCGCCGUGGAGGUGACCGUGGAGGACGGCGGCGGUGCGGCGGCCCUCAGCCCGCUGUCGCCCGCGUCGGCCGGCGGUGUGUCGCCGACGGUGGGGCGUGUGGUGCCCGGUGCGGCGGGGUCGCUCGUGCUGGAGCACGUGGACAUGCGGUACCGGCCGGGGCUGCCGCUCGUGCUGCGCGACGUGAGCUUCGCGGUGCUGCCCGGGCAGAAGGUGGGCGUUGUGGGCCGCACGGGCAGCGGGAAGUCGACGCUGCUGCUUGCGCUGCUGCGGCUUGUGGAGGUGUGCGGCGGGUGCAUGCGCGUGUGCGGGCGCGACGCGCGCGACUACGGCGUGCGUGAGCUGCGCCAGCUGUUCUCGAUGAUCCCGCAGGACCCGCUGCUGUUCGACGGGACGGUGCGCAGCAACGUGGACCCGUUCGGCGCGUGCGGCGACGCGGCUGUGUGGGCUGCGCUGCGGCAGGUUGGGAUGGAGGAGCGGGUGCGGAGCGGCGGCGGCGGGCUUGACGCGCGCGUGCAGGAGGGCGGGUCGAACUUCAGCGUUGGGCAGCGCCAGCUGCUGUGCCUUGCGCGCGCGCUGCUGAAGCGUGGCAGCGCGUUCCUGCUGAUGGACGAGGCGACGGCGAACGUGGACCCCGCGCUGGACCGGCAGAUCCAGCUGACGGUGCAGCAGACGUUCCGCGACUACACGGUUGUGACGAUCGCGCACCGGCUGCACACGGUUGCUGCGUACGACGUGAUCCUCGUGAUGGACGGCGGCCGCGCUGUGGAGUUCGGCUCGCCGCGUGCGCUGGUGAACACUGAAGGGUCCCUUUUCGCCUCGUUGGUGAAGUCGCUCGGCGAAGAUGGGGAAGCUCGGUUUAUGAAGGCGAUGGCUCAGGAGGCGGAGCACCAUGGUAGGGAAGGAACGCUGUUGGAGGAUAAUCGAUGGUGA